AUGGCAUAUAUGAGUUCUCAGGAAAAUCCAGGGUCGGUCUUAGAGAGCAGUUUGGACCAGUCUGACUCAGAUCAAGAAGAUGCUGAGAAUCUUGAUCUGUCACCAUUCACGAUAGACUGGUUGGAUCUUGAUUUUGUUGGAUGUCCCAAGUCAUUGGGCAUAUGUGCACUGCCAGGCUGCAGAUUCAAGAGCACUUGGAGAAGUCUUCUGCAUGAUCUCCAAUGUCUCAAACAGGCUGGGGUUGAGGAUGUGUUCUGCCUCUGCACACGGGGGGAGUUUCAUCUCUAUCGUUGUCAAGAUCUGCUUGAAAAGUACUCUGAACAUGAAAUAACAGUGCACCAUUACCCUGUCAAUGAUGGCCAGGUUCCGCCAAUGGAGGACUUGAUGAAGAUUAUUGAAGAUUUACGCGUCUGCUUGAUGAUGGGGAAGAGGACUGUUGUACAUUGUUUUGGUGGGCUUGGAAGAUCCUGUGUAGUGGUAGCAUGUACUAUGAUGGCCAUGGAUGAGACUCUCAGACCAGAAGAUGUCUUCAAGAAACUCAGAGAUCUCAGGGGAGCUGGGGCUAUACAGACUGUAAAGCAAUACAAUUUUGUCAAUGAAUUCCACGAGUUGCAGAACAGGUUUAAUACAGACAGGAGUGCCGACGACAGAUCUGCUUCACGAUAA